ACCCUCUGAAGGCUCACCAAGGAAGCCCCUGGUCUUUGGAAAGCUUUUCGGUCCUGGAUAAUCACAAUGGAGAGAUGUCAGGUGUCCAACUGCAGCAUGAAUACCAUGGACCUGAAAUGUUACAUGGUCCUUAACAGCCUCACUCAGAAAACAGGCAUAGCUGUGCUGUGCUCCAUUGUCGGGAUUCUGUGCGUUUUGGAAAACUCUUUGGUGUUGUAUCUGAUAUUUGCUUCCCCUAAGAUCAGAAAAAAGCCUUCCUACCUCUUGAUCAGUAGCUUGGCCCUAGCAGAUGUCCUGGCCAGCAUUGUAUUUGUCUGCAGCUUUCUUGAUUUCCAUGUCUUCAACAGAACUGACUCCUCUAAAGAGAUCUUCUUGCUGAAGCUUGGAGGGGUCAACACGUCCUUCACGGCGUCCUUGGGCAGCUUGCUGCUGAUGGCAUUUGACCGCUAUGUCUGUAUCUAUCAGCCAUCGGAAUACAAGGUCAUCGUGACGAGGAAAAGGGCUGUGGUGGCCAUGGCUGUGAUGUGGAUCGCUACCGUGAUCACUGCCUUCCUGCCUCUAAUGGGGUGGAACUGCUGCAAGGUAAACUCACCCUGCUCUGAGCUGUUUCCCUUUGUUGAUAGCAAGUAUCUGUCCAGCUGGAUCUGCCUGGUAAUGAUUCUGCUGCUGUGUAUAGUGUACGCCUACGUCCGGGUGCUUUGGAAGGCUCAUAAGCACACAGUGUACAUGGAGAAACGCCAAACCCAGGCUGGGCAGCGGAAUGCAAAGAUGAGGAUGAACGUCAUGCUCGCCAAAACAUUAGUGAUGGUCCUGGCCAUUGUCAUGACGUGCUGGUCCCCAGUGCUGGCUCUCAUGACGUACAGCCUCUUCGUCAGCCUGAAUGAUCACAUCAGAAAGGUGUUCGCCUUCUGCAGCACCCUCUGCCUGGUGAACUCCAUGGUGAAUCCCAUUGUCUACGCCCUACGAAGCAGGGAGCUGCGCUCCUCUUUGAGGAACACUAGCUCGCGGUUCAGGAAGAAGGUGAGCUUCUCAGAGAGCUCCCCAGAAGCAGAGAGCACUCAGAAAUCCUCACCGAUAGAAACCAUCUGUGACGACAUUGUGUGCAACACAGACAUGAAUCUGCUGAAAGGCUGAGCUUUGACGGGGGAAAUGUCUGACAGAUUUUGGAUUGUUUCUUUGAAAAGAAAGAAAAUCGAAAGCUGCUUUUCUUUGUAGCUCCUGGGUGGAUUCGUGACUGAAUGCCUUGCCGGGGAUAUGAAGCCAUUUGGCUGGAAUGGUAUCAUGAAACCAGGGCCGGCUCCAGGCUUUUGGCCGCCCCAAGCAGCCAAAAACCAAAAAAAAAAAAAAAAAAGCCGCGAUCGCGAUCUAAAAAAAGCCGCCAUCGCGAUCUGCUGCGGCAAUUCGGCGGGAGGUCCUGCACUCCCAGGCGGAGCAAGGGACCAUCCACCGAAUUGCCGCCGAAUACCUGGACCUGCCGCCCCUCUCCGGAGCGGCCGCCCCAAGCACCUGCUUGAGAAGCUGGUGCCUGGAGCCGGCCUUGCUUGAAACAUUUUCAGAUCACACCCUCCUUGUGCCUGGGACUUUACUUAGUGAGUAAAAGACCUGAGCCCAGAUUUGUAAUGGUAUUUAGGCACCUAAUUCCCAUUAAUUUCCAAGGGAAUUAGCUGCCUAAGUACCUUUAACUAUCUGGGCUGCUGGUCCCUACCCUCUAAAGAGCAGAUACACCCAAGCAAAGGAAGACUGGACCAACUCUACCAUACGAAUACUACAAUGAUAGCAUAGCAGGCUUUCAUAGAUACUACAGUGAUGGGUGCUCUACAAACACCAUGGAUGGAUGGAUAAACAACAGAAGCAGUCCCCUUAUUUUAGGGCAACCCUCCCGGUUUACCAGACUGAGUCCACAACUGUGUCAACCAGUGAUCUUGACUCACUUAUCUUGCAGUCAAUGACCUCUUCCAUCCCUACUCUAAAAUGAAGUUCUGGUCCAAGUAAAAUGUGCUUUGACCCACGUGGCUGUAGCACAAGGCUGGUCUGUAGCCACUCUGCUGCUGGGACUGCAACAUUUUAUAUGCAAUUGUGGUUCAAUAUGCUAAGGCCUCGAGCACACUGCAGUGGUGGUGAGAGCCCCACACUCCCAUUAAACUCAGUGGAAGUUGAGCACCUUGCAGGAUGGAGCCCUCAGUGGGUCUUAUGCCCAGAUACUCAAAGGUAUUUAGGCUCCUGACUUCCACUGAAAUCAAUUGGUGCCUAAAGAGCUUUGAGGAACUGGGCAGUCUGAGAACCUCAGUGUUUAGGAGUUUGAUUCCAGGAACAUUUACAGCCAAGUAUGGCUCCAAAGGAAACGUAUGAAUGUGGUUUACUUCUCAUCCAACUAAGGAGGCACAUUUAUCCCUAGUGUAAUUUCACCAACUUUACUGAGACUACACCAACGAAGAAUUAAGCCCUUUGGCUAGAAUUAUUGAGGAGCUGUUUUAAGAAAGUGCUGUAUUGUUUUGUCCAGAAAUGCAAUAUGUGCUGAAGAUGUUUUAUACUCUAGGCAGGCAAGUGCUGGAUAUUUGUGCCUAGGAAAUAAGACAUUCCAUAAGUAUCUUUUGCAGAACAUGUCAACUGGACACAGACAAAAUAACACAAGCCCCAGUCAGUACAUGUGGCCAAGGGCAUGUCAUAAAGACUUGCACCUACUUUACACCAGUGCUGAAUUUGCCCCCUUGGGUUCAGCAUAUUAAUAUGAUUAUAACGUCGGUCUCCCAACUCCUGACAAACACGAGAGAACAACAUUUGAAACUUAACAAAGCACACUCGGGCUGUUAAUAAUUGACCUCAAUCAUGCCGGUGGCACGAAAACUUACCUGCAGUAGUAUAUGUAAAUAUGCCUUUUGUGCUACAUACUAUAAACCACUAUAUUGUAUUUAGCUAGCAAACUGUCAUGAUAAAUCUGUUAGCACAUCAUUAAAUGUCUUAUUUAUUUUAAUAGUUAAACUCUAUACAGAGUAAGAAUAAAGAAUAUUUUCUCUGUGGCUUAGAAACCCUAGAGCAGGGGUGGGCAAACUUUUUGGCCCGAGGGCCACAUCCGGGUAUGGGAAUUGCAUGGCGGGCCAUGAAUGCU